AUGAGAAUCAGCAACUUGAUCAUGGCCGCCAGCGCUGCUGGUCUGGUCAACGCUCUGCCCAGACGCGAGAUGGCCAAGAAGCGCUCUUCUGGAUUUACCUGGGUUGGUGUCAACGAAUCUGGUGCCGAAUUCGGUAGCAGCAUCCCCGGAACGCUGGGUACCGACUACACCUGGCCCGAUACCUCCAAGAUUCAGACUCUGCGCGAUGCGGGUAUGAACAUCUUCCGUGUUCCAUUUUUGAUGGAGCGUCUGGUGCCCAGCUCCAUGACCGGUACCCCUGAUGCCACCUACCUGAGCGACCUGAAGAAGACCGUCGAAUUCAUCACUGACAGUGGUGCUUAUGCCAUUCUUGAUCCUCACAACUACGGAAGAUACUCUGGAAGUAUCAUCUCCUCUACUUCUGACUUCCAGACAUUCUGGAAGACCGUCGCUAGCGAAUUUGCCUCCAACGACAAGGUCAUCUUCGAUACCAAUAAUGAGUACCACGAUAUGGACCAGACUCUGGUGCUCAACCUGAACCAGGCGGCCAUCAAUGGUAUCCGUGCUGCCGGAGCCACGACGCAAUACAUCUUCGUUGAGGGCAACCACUACAGCGGCGCCUGGACCUGGACUGACAACAAUGACAACCUUAAGGGUUUGACGGAUCCUCAGGACAAGAUCGUCUUUGAGAUGCACCAGUACCUUGACUCGGACGGCUCUGGUACCUCUGAGUCCUGUGUCAGCUCCACUAUCGGCCAGGAGCGUGUGGAGUCCGCCACUCAGUGGCUGAAGGACAACAGCCUCAAGGGAUUCCUUGGAGAGUUCGCUGGUGGUGUCAACUCCCAGUGCGAGACUGCCGUUGAGGGCCUUCUCUCUUACAUGUCUGAGAACAGCGACGUCUGGCUCGGUGCUGAGUGGUGGUCUGCCGGUCCCUGGUGGGGAACUUAUAUGUACAGUCUCGAGCCCACUAGCGGUCCUGCCUACUCGACCUACCUUCCCAUUCUCGAGAAGUACUUUGUGAGCAGCACCGGCUCUUCGUCCUCCUCUUCCACCUCUGCCUCUACCUCAACCACCAGCUCUACUACCUCUGCUGCCACGAAAGCUACCACCACCACUACCUCUGUGACCAAGCCAACCACUACUGCCGCUACUCAGGUUCAGGUCGUCGAUACUACUUCUUCUUCCUCCUCUGCUCCUACUUCGUCCUCUGCGCCUGCCACCGAGGCUCCUGCCCCCGCUCCUACAACCACUCAGGCUGCUCAGCCCUCCAGCGUUGUUCCCACCACCCUGGUGACCGCGGCUGCUUCGACUUCUGCUUCUGCCACCGCUUCCGGAUGCCCUGCCUCCGAUCCCACUGCCAGCAGCUCUGCCUCUGGUGUCGCCAAGCACUGGUACCAGUGCGGUGGAAUCAACUGGACCGGAGCCACAACCUGCGAGAGCGGCUACACCUGUGUUAAGCAGAACCCUUACUACCACCAGUGUCUUUAA